UCCGCGGCAUCUGAAGGAAAAGUGUGUUGUGCAGGGUUUUCCACGCUUUCCCUGUCUUCUGAAAACGUUCGGGAAACUGUUAAUUGUUCUCAUCAAUUGAAUUGUUUUUCAAUCAAAUUUGGAUCAUUGACUGUUCACAUAGAUUCAAUGUUGGAGUAACUCUAGUUUCCGGAGUUUGUUUUGGCUUUAUCUUUUGUGGAGUGAAGAGAACCAAGGUGCUACAAUUGUCAGCUAGAUGACUAUGUGAUCAAAAUGAGUACUUCAUCGUCCAUCUCUCUAUCUUCGGCGCUCUCUCUCCUGGCUAUCCUGUCAAUCAUUAUCGGUGUCCGAGGUCUACGAGGAGUGGAGAUGGUACUCCCAGCAGCUGUGAGUCCUGGAGACACUGCCACAUUGAUCUGUCGCUACGACCUUGAAGGGGAGCCUCUCUACACCCUCAAGUUCUACAAGGGUCGCGAAGAAUUCUACCGAUAUAUGCCCAAGGAACACCCUCAGACUCAGAUCUUUCCACUGCCUGGCAUAGACGUGGAUGUGAGCAAAUCUGGACGCGGGAAAGUGGUCCUGCGGGAGAUCGGCACAGAUUUGGCGGGAAAAUACAGAUGCGAAGUAUCAGCUGAUGCUCCCAACUUCGACACUGAAGUUGUUUCAGGCUUCAUGCAAGUUGUCCGUGAGUAUUCCUCUCUUUAUUCAUACAAUUUUCACGAUAUUCUAGAAUUAUUUCUCUAUUAA